AUGAUAAUACGGGCAAUCCUUUGUAUAUAUUCGGCGGCAUUAAUUGUGAACAUAUCAGGACUCGACACGAAAAAUGAAACUAAAAGAGAUGGGUUGGUGAGAAACACUGGAAUUCCAUUUUCCGGAUUAUUUCAGACCAUUCAAAGUUUUUCGGAUCCUUCCAGCCAAUAACGAACAGCUCCUCCACAUGAUUCGUCUUUUCGAAACGGCAGACAGUGAGGUUAAAAUCUUUCCCUUCAUCUCAAUUGUGAGACGAAAACUUCGCCACUGAAUUCUUUCUACAGAGAGCAGACUUCUGGCACGCCCCUAGCGUCGUCAAUCAGACGAUCGACGUGAUGGUCGGUCCAGAGCACACGGACCAGUUUUCCUUGUUCCUGGAGAAACACCAGUACCCCUUCCAAGUCGCCAUCCACGACCUCAGACAGUUCAGUCCUGCUCCUCCCUCCUGAAGUUCAUGCCUCGACUUCAGAGCCUUGAUCGACCGAGAAGGAGACUUGGAGACACACGCCAUCGACGACAGCUCCUUUCUGAGAAGACUGAAUGACGACGACAUCGGCUUCCACUCUCGACUCAAGUUUGAAGCAACUUCUUUUCAAUUUCAACGUCUUCAGAAUGGGCGAGUACUAUUCCUACAACGUUCUGUCGACGUGGAUGCAUCGGAUAGCCGAGAAUCUUCCCGGAAUAGCGACGAUCGUCGAGAUCGGCACGACUGUGGAAGGCAGGACAAUCACCGGUCUCAAGGUUGACUGGAAAGAGUUCCGUGAACCGAUGAGUUUCAGUUCGGAAACGACACUCCAGACAAGAAAGUAGUGGUGAUCGACGCUGGAAUCCAUGCCAGAGAAUGGGCCGCCAUCCACACGGCCACCUACUUCAUCCACUUGGUGAGGCUGGUUCUCGGAAGUCAUAGAGGAAGAAGUUAAGAUGAUCAACUCACGAGAGACGGACGACAGAAUUGGCUCUUACCUGGACAACCUGGUCAUCUACAUCUUUCCGGUGCUGAACCCCGACGGCUACGAGUACACCAGAACAGAUAAGACCAAUCCAAGGGUGAAUCGCCACAAAAAAACAUAACUAACUGGAGAAAUUGAGGCGCGAAUGUGGAGAAAAUCGCGGUCUGCGGCGAAAUGUGCGUUCGACGGGCUGAGCGACGCUUGCUGUAUGGGCGUCGAUCUAAAUCGCAACUUUGAGUUCCGUUUCGGAGGUUUCUCAGCUACCCUGAGCAAUAAGCAGAUAGUAUGAUUUCAGAGAUCGGCGCUUCGCGGUAUCCUUGUUCGGAGAUCUACCACGGUCCAACAGCUGUCAGUGAGCCAGAAACCAAGUGAGUUCUGUACUAUUUGAAUCUUUCAAACCUUUCAAAAAGGCAUAAAGAGAAAUUGAACAGUUUUUUGUUCAAGAUAUUUCCAUUCCUAUUUAUUUUCCAUCAAAAAUAUGUUUUAUUUCUGCUGAAUCUGUGAUAUUCUUUCGAUUAUGUGAAAGAAUGAGUUCUGAUUCUUUCUAUAUUAACCUUAAGCAAAACAAAGUUCAGAGCGUACUCCCAGUUCCUGAGAUCUCUGAAAGGCCGCAUGGAAGCCUACAUAACCCUCCAUUCCUACUCGCAGCUCUGGAUCUACUCCUACUCACACAGAAAAUUCACCUACGCCCCCGAUAUCGAUGAGACGGUUUUUCGAGUUUAUUUUGAAACGGUAAUUGAAUGUUCCAGAGAAGAGUGGCGGCAAAGGCCGUGGCCGAGUUGGGACGCCUGUACGGGACGAAAUAUCGUCAUGGCACGGGACCGGAAAUCAUCUGUGAGUCAAAAAAAAAUCGAUAA